AUGGCGGAGUUUCCGCCGCUGGCUCCGGUGCCCUCCCCCGCAGUGCGGAGGACAAUCCCCUCGAACGACUGGCAAACUUGUCUAGAUGCAUGGAUGACCUUGUUAGGCAUACGUCUCAAUGCCUCGGAUCAGCAGUUUCGAACCGUGGCUGCUCAAGAUGCAUCUGCACCCUCAUACCUGGGAUCUUACUAUCACUACGCUGCAGCGGGAGACUCUAGUCUCCAGAGUGGACCUAAAGCUCGACAGCUUCGGAAGCUUUGCUUUUUAGCAACAAGGCGCUAUUUACUUGUUUUGCAAAACCCACCAGACGGCCUACUGGACUGGAGGCUUCUCGGUGAUUUAUGUUGUUGCUACCCUUCAAGCACGGUUCUCAAAUCUUCAUUAUCAAAUGCUUGGGAUUUACACCAUGACAAGAUCACUUCCAGCAUCGAAAAAGCAAAGGCCACUGUGAUCAAGAACCUCUCUUCGACAAACUCUUUCUCAAAUCCCGAAGUCAUCUCAGACAUCCGCCGCUUAACUAUCCUUGCCUCUGUGCUUCCGGCUACCGGUCAGGUACUCAUGGCGGGUUCUGACUUCCUGGAUACGGUCUCAGAAGCCUACCAAGCAAAAGCUGGCAGAGAAGAGUUCCGGAAGAUUCUAGUAGCCAAUAUUUAUGUUGGGUUGAUUUCUUUAUUGAAGGAACAAUCUGCUAACAUGUCAUUGUUAUUGGAUCAGCUGUUCGGCCUUAAAGCUGCUGCCCGAGUGGGAACACCGAAGAUGAAGAAGGAGGCAACCUUGCUAUCAGACCUUGUUUGCAGCUCGGACUUGCUUCUUCGGUUGGAGAAAUAUCUUACUAGUCACCCCCAGAAACGGGGAGAAGAUCUUCUAUCCAGCUUGCGCGCUUACCAAGAAGAAUCCAAAUCACUUCAUCAUCGAUACCAAAGAAAGAAGAAGAUUGACAAAGGAAAAGAUGCAUCCUCAGGGGUCCUCAUCCCGGAGGAGCUUCACGCACACAAGAUGUCCCUUGUCACCCAAGUACAAGACCUUUUCCCGGAUCUUGGCUCGGCGUUCGUCGUACGGCUAUUGGAUUUCUACAACGACAACCCGGAGACAAUUGUCGCCCACCUCCUCGACGACUCACUCCCUCUAGAACUCCAGUCCUUAGAUAGAUCGGAGCAACUAGCCCCGACAGCAGAACCACGCCAUAGCCACCUCUCUCCACAACCAACACCGCCAGAAAUGCCAUCGCCUCAACCAGAAUCCCUCCCAAUGCGCAAAAACAUCUUCGACAAAGACGUCGACAUCGCCGAAUUGAGCCGCUUAGACGAAGCAGCCGGCAAAGGCAAACUCCAUUUCGGCCGCGUGGACGCAGACCAAACAGCCGACACAGUGCUAGCAGAUCGAAGCCAUCACGCCGCAAACAAAGCAGCAAUCCUUUCCGCACUGGCCGCCUUCGACUCAGACGAUGAUGAACGCGACGAUACCUACGACGCAGCCGAUGUGGGCGGCACCGUGGACGGCGUAACGGCCGGCACAGAUGCCGAAGCCGAUGCAGCUGCCCAGACCCGCCGCGCAGCAGACCUCGAUAUGACCCUCUUCCGAACGUACAAGUCCAACCCCGGCCUGUUUACCCGAGACUCGGCUACCCGCCGCUCCCAGCCUCGUGCAUCGCUGAAACGGGAAACUGAAAUGACGGACGAAGCUAUUGAGGGUUGGGCUGUUAUGCUCACGCGUGAUCCCAGGCGGCUUGCUAAACUUGAGGACCGGCUGGCUAUGGAUGCUAGCGGGUCUGGCGGUAGUGGUCCUCUGAAUCAGCCUGAGUUACGUUCUACUUCUUACCGGAGGCCGCAGCCCCGCGAGGAGGGCGAGGAGGGCUCUGAUGAGGGUGAAUCUUCUGGUCCGCCUGGUUCACGUGGACGUGGUGCUGGUGCUGGAAGAGGUGGAAGGGGACGUGGAGGCGGAGGUGGUGGUCGGGGGCGUGGUGGACGUGGUGGUGGACCUGCUUCGUCUGGGGCUCAGGCUCAGCCGGAAUCUGCUGCUUCGCGACAGAGGAAAGAGGCUAAUAAGGGGAGUCGGGCGAAUCAUAAUCGUCGACAGCAGCAUGCGAAGAAGAUGGCGCGUGGGGGUGCAAUGCCUGGCUAA